ACUCUCUCUUUAUCUAUCGUUCUUCCUACCAAACAAUCAAAACUUGCUAAUCAAAUAUUACUCGACCAAAACCUGAUUAAUUGGGUUGGACUUUGGAUGGAUUUCUAUCUUUUCCGAGUUUCACCCUAAAACUUAUUCCACUCGCGAACUACACCAGCCUGCAACCAAACACUUUCCGGUUACAAAACUGUCAGACGACCUUGAUCGCUCUCCAGAGACUCGAAACGCUCGUAUCUGCUUGACGCCGUGGUGCGCACCAUCUUAUCUUGCGCACCGUCCCUCGUUUCAUCCCACAAUGGCGAACUUGAAGACUGAUUCUCCUCUCUGUCGUCGCAUCGUCCACGCCUUUUUGGACUUCCUCGAUUCUGUUGAACCUGCUUCUGGUGUUGAUCUUGAAAGUCUUGAGGUUGCUAAGGAAUGUUUGGCAGAGGUCUUUAAGAUCGAUCAAUCUUCUGCCGAUAAUUGGCCAAAACCUGAUUGCUUAAUUGACAUAUUCAAAUCAGGGGAAACGAGUGAGCAACAAGAAAUAAAGUCAGAUGUUGUUCACGAGUCAUUUUCAACAGAAGCUCCCAGUACAUCGUCUAUACAGAAUGCUUUUGAUGCUAAUCCUCCACAGGCAUUACACUCUCUAGGUGAGGAUUUGAAUGGAGAAGCUCACACCUCAGGAUUAUCCAAAGACGAACUUUUUGGGCAAUUUUUUGGCGCACUUGAGAAAAUUCACUAUUUUAAGACUACAACUGAUGGACAGGACGAUCAGGUCCAACUGGAUAGAGCAACAAGUAUAUUUCACAACGCUCUAGCGGGUAUGCAAAAAUCUGGAUGCCAGACAUUUGAUCAGAAAAGCCUUGCCGAGUCCUUGAAAUCACAAGGUAAUAAGGCCAUGCAGUCAAAACUAUACUCUGAUGCAAUUGAGCUGUAUUCUUGUGCUAUUGCACUUUGUGAAGAAAAUGCAGUUUACUAUUGCAACAGGGCAGCUGCAUACACCCAGAUCCACCAGUAUACUGAAGCAAUCAGAGACUGUCUUAAAUCCAUCGAAAUUGACCCAAAUUAUAGCAAGGCAUACAGUCGUCUUGGAUUUGCUUAUUACGCACAAGGGAACUACAUGGAUGCAAUCAAUAAAGGGUUUAUAAAAGCAUUGCAAUUGGAUCCAAACAAUGAUUCUGUCAAAGAAAACAUCCGGGUGGCUCAGCAAAAAUUGAUAGAAGAGCGGCUAAGGACAGAACGUAAUGAGAGUUCAAGUUCGGCAAAUCAUCAUCAAGAAACGAAUCACCAGUCUGCAGGGGGUUCAGGAAGCCAAGGCACAACUCCGCCAUUUGCAUCCAUGCCAUUUAAUGCUAACGGCCUUCCUUCUGAUAUUGCUAGCAUGCUUAUGAACAUGGCUGCAAACGUAUACCAGGGACAGCAUUCUCAAGACCGGCCAGAAGCAGGAGGCAGCACUGCUGAUACAUUUAGUGAGCCGGGAAUAAGAGUUGGUGGGAAUAUUAAUAUCAAUUUGGGAGAACAAAUGCCCGAGGACCUAACAGGGGCUUUGAGAUCUGUGAUGGAGAUGUUCUCAGGUGCAGCGCCUUCUGGGAAUCCACAAGAUGACACUAAUAGAAGAUCAGCACCAAGCUAAUUGUUGGAUUAUCUUUGAACCGUACAAAAUCGAGUUCUCCUCUUUGGGAUGGCAGGGGAAAUACAAAAAACCGGGCAUCACUUUGUUUGCCUGGUGUAGAAGAAAUGCAAACAUCCCAUAAGAUUGACCUUGUUGAUUUGUGGAUAGUCUCUUGUGUAUUUUAUGUAGUAUACAUGGGGCCUCCUGUCUCAAAUAUGGAAUGACACUGUUUUGUGCAAUCACAUUGCCUCUGCAAUGGAUUUUCAUCGGAUGUGGUUGGUUUUUAGUUGGGUUAUCCGGAAUCUCUAACCCUUUUUUUUCUGCCAAAAAAGAGGAUUACGGUAUUCUGAAACUCUCAUAAGUCAUAACCUCGUAUUUGUGGCAGUUCUUGUUUGUGGUUUCGUAUGAUAUCACAAUGUGUGGAUUUCAAAUUGUCGAGGUUAAUAUUUUGGUAGUGGUGGUUGAAUUUUGACAAUCUAUUGAAACUGAUAAUAUAGUAUAUCAAAUUCAUGCGACAUGAUUCACAGACGAUGUUAUAAUCCCUGCUUUGGUUGAAACUGAAUAGAAUUCCAGAUGCAAUUUUAUGCUCAACCAUAUUGUAAUAGCAUUAAAAAAAAAAAAAAAAAAAAAA